CUUUUCCUCUUGCUCUCAUUUCACUUUUCCUUUCACCGUCUGCUCGCAAAUUGGGGGGUUUGCUGUUUACGGCCCCCCCAAGAAGAUCUUGCCCGAAUUUAGAAUAAUCUCAAUAUUACAUCACAGUCAAGAAUGCCCUUGAUUUCUUAAAACCUCAUAGGCGGAGGUAAUGUUUCCUCUGAAAAAUGCGCUCUUUGAAGACUUCUUCCAGAGUUAUGUGGAUCUUCUAAUGAAAAGCUAGACUUAGCAUAUGUUGCCCACUAAGUGCGAAAAAGCUAAUUAAAACGCGUCUCUUUGCUAUUGCAGUCACAUGCGGUCGCAUUUCUUCGGAAGCAUUUUCAAUGAAUUACAAUGAGCCCCGUUCGCUACCAGGGCUGUUCAACAUCAACAACAGCCACCAAUUUUCUCCAGCCCCAGAAGCCUUGUGCCUCAAAAGCCCCCACCAAAGCCUCAACGCCCUCAAAGAGCCCCAACUGAGCGCUCAGAAGCCCUCACACUCCUUCUGAGCUGCGCAAUCCAACUCCAGGUGGCAACUCACUCACCCGGUAGCACAGUGGUACAGCCGCCGAAUACCAAAAGGGAAGAAAGCGAUUGAGGCAAUGGAACCAAUUACCAAAAUUUCCACUCCAGUUUUCAUCGAACCAUGGCAAGGCUGGCACUUUUCGCCGUCUGCUUUAUUGCAGGAGGCUACGCGGAAGAGGUGGUGAAAAUAUCGGCUCGCGAUUCCUACUUGGAGGCUUACGAAGACUCAAAAGCGGCCCCCAAAGCGCAGAAGAAAAGCGACUUCGGUUACCCGGUUUAUCCCGGACCUGCAAACUCCGGCUAUGGACCACCCAGUCCUCAAUACGGUCCACCCAGUCCUCAAUACGGCCCUCCCAGUCCUCAAUACGGCCCUCCCAGUCCUCAAUACGGCCCUCCCAGUCCCCAAUAUGGCCCUCCAGCUCCUCACUACGGACCUUCGUAUGGUUCAUUCGCCGAACCCACUCCACAGUACGGCCCUCCGGCGCAGAAUCUGCAGGUCUUCUACGGAGUCCCACACGCUAUGAUCAGCAUAUGGGACAAAGUGUGGGAGAAGGUCAAGUGGAAGCUCGAUCUGCUCACCUUUGGGAAGAUCCUGCUCAAGCUGAUCAUCUUCAAGAAGAUCGUCAGUUUCAUAGCCAUCCUCUUCCUGCUUCUUUUCAUCCCGUCUUUCAAGAAAAAGAAGGGAUUUUUUAGUGAAGACAGCGAGCAGGAGCGGGCGCUUUCAAAGUCUUCGGAAGAGGACCAACGGCUCAAUGAGAUUGCCGCCUUUGUAGGGGACGCUCUGCGGAAGUUUAUGAUCCAGAAUGAGGAGGAGGAAAGUUGCUCCGGCAAGUACUGCGCAGCGAUGAGGAGGAUCGAGAAAAAGUUGUCUUACCAAAGGCUGGCGCAGCUCUACGCCAGAGAGUGAAAGCGGCCAAAGAACCACAGAAAACUAGUUAAUUUAUGUAAUUUAUUCAUUUAAAAAUAAAGAAACAAUUACAACCACCUUUAUUGGCAACU